GGUGGUGUCUUGCGACGUGACCUUGCUCGUCACGCUAAGAUUUUUCACUCCGAGGACGCAUUCUUUUAUAUUCAUUCGGGCGGCAAGUUUCACGACAUAAUUAAGACAUAAGCCGUUGAUCGAGCAUUCAUCACCUUCGUUGCGCAAUCGUCCAACAUGUGCGGCGGAAUAUAUCGUGUUUAGAUUAUCAAAGCCCGAAAUGGAAAACAGGUGCGACAUUUCCUUCGAUGACGUCAAAUGGCAAAAGGAAAUAUACGUGGAAUUUGAGUGUAUUUUUGGCCGAAUCGAUGAAUCGGCAAUCACCUUGCGCUGGUUCAUCAAGUAACAACGAUCAAAGACCGGCAAGCGAGCAAGGCGACGAAGGCGUAACCGGAAAGGCUCAUUUGCCAAGUGGUAAUAGGUGUUUGCGACCCAGUGACCCUCAACGAUCAACUCUCCUUUGCGAUCAGUGUUUCGACAGAAGCCACUCUCGAUCGGCAUCCCCACUCGACGAUGAUGAAAGAUUGUGGGAAGGGGAUUGUGUCCGCGGACUAUGUAAGAACGGCUGAAUUGACGGAGACCAACAGACGGAGAACGGUGCUUCUUCGGGCUCUGUGUGUAACGUUUACUUCCAACUUGCCUCGAGGCUCGCCAUCCUUAUCAGAUCUAUCUCAUCCAAGGAGGAAUCCAAGGAGGAACGAGGAGCGAACGUUAAAUUGAUUCAAGCGGAUCGAGACUUGAACUUUGCGGUGAUCGUCGAGAUCUAUGUGU